GCCUUGUGAUUGGCCGAACGCCACACUCCGCUGGUGAGGUGUAUUCUGGUGUGAGCAAACACGAAAUCUCUUUGAAACAUUAGUGUUAAAAUGCUCUUAUCCUUCGUGGCCCGAGAUGAACAUGACAUAACACAUCGGUCACAUAAACAAGUAUAUGUUUAAGAAGGAGAAGGAGGCAGCGUUGACUCCCGGAGGAGAGUAUCGGGCGGUGUUGGUGUCGGGAAGGUUGAAAUAAGUCUGCGUGGUCCUCCCUCCCAGCGACUCCCAGCAUUCCCAGCCGGUAUCAAGAUGGACGAGCUCUGUGUUGAAGUCCUGGGCCCUCAUGGGGCCUAUUACAAGGCAUCUGUUGUGGACAUGGUGGGAGAUGAAGUUCAGGUGAGGUAUGAAGGCGAUUGGUCUGCGGAAGCUCGGGUAGCCAUGACAGGUGUGAGACUACCUCCGUCUCCGGGUCCUCCGCCUGUAGAAUAUCCUGAAGGUGCUGAAGUUGAAGUUUAUGAUAAGCUUAUGAAUUCGCCUUAUGCUGCUUAUUGGAAAGCAACGAUAAAGAUGUCAAAAGGAGAUUUUCAUGUAGUAGAGUUCACGGGGGUGUCAAUUACAAGUGGUGAAAACAUCUUUCCAUCAGAGAAAGUCCGACCAAGAAAUGUAAACCCACCUAUUACACUGAAAACCUUUACGAAGGUUGACAUAGAAGUUCCAGAAGACAUCAGAGAGUAUGCUCGGAUGGAGAGUGUUCACAAGCCCUUCAAGAAAGCGUGUGGAGCUUCCAGUUGUGUAUACAAUCCAGACAAACACUGUUUGACCCUAAUAAGUUAUGCCCCUUUUUAUCCCCUCGGCUGGACUGGCCAGGCGCGAGAGAUAUGUCAUCCUUCAGAUGGCUCUUGUUUUAACAGUGGAACAGAGGCCAUAUCAUUAAAAUCUCGGAAUGAUCAAUGUCUCAAGUUGGCCCAUAUGUUAUCCGACAUGCAUUUCCGAAACCUGAAACAGAAAGUAGUUCUUCUUUAUCGAACAGAAGAAGCUGCAAAACAAUUAGAAUCAACAAAACUACAGUCUACGGCUGGGUUUGUUGAAGAGUUCAAUGUGCGGGAAGAUCUUAUGGGACUUGCAAUUGGCGCACAUGGGGCAAAUAUACAGCAAGCUCGUAAGGUUGAAGGAGUAACGAAUAUUGAAUUAGAAGAAAAUACCUGUGUUUUUAAGAUCUAUGGUGAGACUGAAGAAGCAGUAAAAAAGGCAAGAUGUAUGUUAGAAUAUAGUGAAGAGUCUGUGCAAGUGCCACGGAUCCUAGUAGGAAAAGUAAUUGGUAAGAAUGGCCGUGUUAUACAAGAAAUGGUUGACAAGUCUGGUGUAGUGCGGGUGAAAAUUGAAGGGGAUAAUGAACCAGAGCCCACAACACCCCGCACCGAAGGACAAGUUCCGUUCGUCUUCGUUGGCACAGUUGAGGCCAUUGCCAAUGCUUCCAUUCUACUUGAAUAUCAUUUAGCUCAUCUAAAAGAAGUUGAACAAUUAAGACAAGAAAAACUUGAAAUUGAUCAAAAAUUAAGAAAUAUGCAUACAACAAACAGCUUAGGAAAUAGUCAGGGUUAUCCAAUGAGGAGAAAUGACCGUGGUUACAACAGUGACAUGGAGAUGGGAAGCCGUGGACGGGGAAGAGGUGGCCCUCGAGGAGGUCGUGGAAGAGGUGGUGGCAGAGGUGGUGACCGCUACAAUAACGACCGUUCAGGAACUGAAUGUAACCUGUUCAUAGUUGGAGGACUGCCUGUAUAUUCUUCAAGCUCCUAUCCAGUGAGAGCAGCUCCAUGGUCACGACAAGGAACUCCAGAUUGGGAUGAGGGAGAUGCAUCUCUACCCCCUAGAACACGACGUUACAAUGAUGAACGACGUCGUGUGGCAGAUGAAGAAGAAACGGUGCUAGAUGCUGCUGAAACUGGUAGUGUUGGCAGUCUUGAUCGAGAGUCGGUAACAAGUGAAGGAAAGAGGCGUAGACGUCGACAUCGCAAGUUUCGUCGCCGUGGUGGAGGUAGCGAAGCUGGUGAUGGCGAUGGCUGGGCCACUUCAGCCGAUGAAGGCUGGAGUACGUCUGCUAAUGAAGGCUGGGCUGGUGAUGAAAACUGGAAUGCUACUGGUGAAAGCUGGGACACAUUGUCAGCCUCUGGAAGGGCUUCCAAGGAACGCACCCCAGGAGUUGAUCAUGUUGGGCGCCGUGGUAGAGGAAGAGGUCAUCCAGAUGGCCCUCCAAGUAGGGAUGGAACACUACCCCGUAGGCGGCCUCCACGUCACGAAGGUACUCCGGCUCGGCAGUCUCCAGGGCGCCGCCCUCCACCUCAGCCCCGUAAGCCACCACCAGCAACUGUAAAUGGCAACUAGAGUAUGGGGUGAUUACAUAGCUUAAGGGAUGGCCUCCCUCCCUCCCCAUCAUGUGAUAUUUACAAUUAGGUAGACUAGGCAGUUCCAUGCCUAUCACUCCAAUUGUAUUUAUAUUGCUGGUGAAGUAAAACAAGGUCCUUGCUGAAGUAAACCACCACUGACAUUGAUAAUGACAAACUGGACAUAAAUUGUUGCCUUUCUUGUUCUAUUUUUAGAAGGACAUUGAAGUUGACCUCCCCAUUGUGAUAACAUAUUCAGAUGAACUACACAUUUGUAAAGAUAGGACUACAUUACAUCCUACUUUAUAUUGAGAACCAUACAGGAUCUUGGCUAUAAAUGAAACUGAGUUGAUAAAAGCAGAGCAAAUGAAAUAAGGUAUUUUGGUGGCAUACUGCAAUAUCCAUUUUUUUUUUAAUAAUAAUAACAAAGAACAUUCAUUACAUGUUUAAACCAUUUUAUUAAUUGACCAAAUUUACAAUUUAAAAUCUUGGUGAAUUAUACUUUGAAUGCUUUUCUUGUAUCUUGUAACUAACAUUAAAGACUCAUAGCUUGAGUUUGGAACACAGAGAUAUUUGCCCAAAUCUAUUUCUUGUUCCACUAAACUGUACUGUUACCAUCUGUUGAGCAAAUUUUUAUAUAUAUAAAUAGUUUAAUAAUUACCUACUGUUUCAGAGAGUUAACAAUAAUGAUAUUUAGCGAUUGAGAUUAUAACUAAUUUGAAUGAUUUAAAUUGAAAUAGGCUUAAAUAAGAACAAACUUCUUAUUUUUUUUUAGAAAAAAUAACGAGUUUAGUUGAAUAAAUUUUGUGAGAUUUGUAUCACAGCAAAUAUGACUGGGCUCUAAUAGGUGUAGAAUGGCUUGUAUCUUUUGGCUAAUUUUUGUCCUUUGUAGGCAUCAUUGCUUUAUUUUAGUUAUCAUUUGUGUUUGUCUGAAGUCCAUACUGCAUGUGGUUACUCAAUUUGAAAUUAGUUUGAUGAUAUUACAAAGCACUUUUCUUUGUCUAGUUAUACCAAGUAUGAAGAUGGUCGCUGCUCUUGAUGUGGCCAAUCCCAUUGAUAAAGGACAUAACCCAACACAAUGAUGACUUGUGCGGCACAGAAGCCUUUCACCAGUGGCAUAAUUGACCACAAGUGGUAAAGCUAUAGUUAUUGUUAUUUAUGUUAAUGAUUUCACUUUUUUUUUCUGCAGCAGCAUUUUUUUUAUUUAUGAUUCAAGUAUGGAAGGAGUACAAUGCCUGUAUACAUGUAAAAUUUAUGUAUCAGUUUGGUAUCAGGUAGUGGCUUUUUUUUCUUUUAACAAUAACUAUGGCUUUGCCUAAAUUCCCUAGCUCUACAGCCAAGGCGGUUUAUGAUAUUACCCCGUAAAUGACAUGCUAGCUCUUACUGUUUAAUAUAGAAAUUCUUAACAUGUAUGUAAGAUCAUUGAAUUGUGCACCAAGGUGCCAUUUCUAAUCUACAUGUUUCUUACAUACGGAGCUCAAUAAUAUCUUCAUUAUUUAUGCAGUGGAUGCUGUGUUCUGUGAUAUGAACUGCUAAACAUAGGCACUGUUCAUGUUAACUUUGUUAUUAGUGAUGCAAAUCUGUUCCCUACUGAACUUCAACUAUCCUUCUAACGUACCUUUAUCUGUGAACUGAAUGUCACUAACUGUUAUCAGUGGCAAAGCAAAGAACUGAGCAGAUAUAAAUAUCUCCCAUGGUGUAUUCAAAGAAAUUAUGUUUUUAAUAAUGCGGAUGAAAGAAAAUAUGGAUAUGGUUUUAGGACCAUUGCCAAUACUGCAUUUUUAAUAGUUAUCUUCUAACUACUUAUUUGUCUUCAAGACCUGUUUCUAAGUAUUUUCAUAGGUCAGGGAACAUUGAGCCUCGAUAUUACUUACUAAUUGCCUGGAUAUAAUGAAUGCUGUUUAAAUAUCAUAAUCAAGUUUCAUUACUGGCUUAAAUAUUUGAUUGGCCUUGCAUUUAAUAUUAGAAGAAUGGUAGCUAAGAAAGCAGCAGAACAUUUCAAAAGUUUAUACAUGAUACAUAAGGAAAUUUAACUAAAUAUUCUUUGACCAGUUCUAGUUAGACAGGUCUUUGAAGAAUACAAGUGUCUUUGUGGUAAAUGUAAAGAUGUUUACAUAUUUUUUGCACUCUUUAUGACUUUUGAUAGUGAAGGAGACUGAUUAUGCAAAUUUCUUCAAGAAUGAAGAAAUUCAGUAGAAAACAUAUCAGUAGAACGUUUAAGGCAUUCACUGCUGAGCAAAUUUGUGUGGUACUUUUACUUGGGUAACUGAGACACUCAAUAUUUGAUAGUUAAGCCUCAAGAACAAAGCCUCAUGCUGUGCUUUGUCAGCACAAUACUUAAAAAAUCUUGAAGUGCACUCCUGGUGUCAAGUUGGCAUAUUGUUAUGAUGAUUAAUAUGCCACAAAGGUUAUCAUGUCCCUAAUGCUACAAAAAAAAAAUUAAACAAGUGUAUCACUUGCGGCAAGGCAGUUCCAGGUAUUUGAUCAAGGAAUAUUUGCUGUAAUAUUAUCCUUCAUGAUAAAACUGCAAAUGGGAACAUUGCUUUAUAUGAUGGGACCUGCAAACGUGCUAUUAAUUUCUCAAAAAUAAUAGGCACGUUCUCUGAGAUAGCAUUCUAAAUAAUAUAUCUUAAGAUGAUCAUUCUUUUGAGAUAUUUGUCAUUUAUGAAUACUUUACACCUACAAAAGCAUACAUCAUGUGAGCAAUGAGAGUAUGCUGUUGAGGAAAGUGUCAAUGAGAGGAGGUGCGUGUGAUGCUAGUGGUGACUCGACAGCUCUCCACGUGGCUUGUUUUAGCUACACCUUCUUUGUAUUUGCUGCCUUGGAAAUGAAAAAUUAUAGCAGUGAAAA